CAAAUAUCGACUCAGCCGAACUCAAACGCGUACACUUAAAUAUGUCUCCCAGUAUCUACAAAUGGAAACGGACAAAUAAAAAUUCCCACAUCGAACAUUAGCAUCAGAGUCCGAGGACGGUGUAACUAUAGAAAAACAAUAUCCUCCAGCUCAUGGGCCUUCAUCCGUGAAGCUGAAAUGCCCACAGGACGUGACUGGCUUUAGAAGGAUUUACCAAUAUUUGGAUCUGUAAUCCCGCGCCUCAUAGGCGAUGGUACGCAGCACACAUUUCAUUUGCAGCAUUACAUGUGCAAGGAGCCCUUUGGAUAAGCACCGAAGUUCUUAAUUUAUGAUGCGUUGCAGUGUCUGGACACUAUUCACUUCUUUGAUUGUUGCAAGCGUAAUAAAUCGACUUUAGUCGCUCUUCAAGAUGGAUUGGUUGCUGAUCAUUUUACAAUUGACGACGGUUUUCACAUGGCAAAAUUGUCAUGCACGAGACGUGGUACAGACAUCCACGGAGAAAGUUCUGAUAAAAAAGUUACUCUCAGAGUACCAGGAGCGAGGCAUCAUGGGAAGGCCCGUCGAACGCCAUCAGGAGAUUCUUACGGUGAAGUUUGGGCUUAGCCUGAUUCAGAUCCUGGACUUGGACGAAAGGAACCAAGUACUGACCACGAACGUGUGGGUCACAUAUGAGUGGAAGGACAUUUACAUGCGAUGGAAUGAAUCCGAAUAUGACAAUAUCACAAAGAUACGAGUUCCAAAGGGAACAAUAUGGGAGCCGGACAUCAAACUCUACAACUAUGCCGACGAGCGUAUGGAAGAAAGAAGAGACGCCAACAUGGUUAUUAAUAGCGACGGGACGGUAUUAUGGAUUCCGCAAGCAAUAUUUAAAAGUGUGUGCAAGAUAGACAUUAUGUACUUCCCUUUUGAUAUUCAAACUUGCCGUAUGAAAUUUAGCACUUGGAGUUACGACGGGGGACAGAUCGACUUGAUGGAUCUAUACGGUUCCAAAACGGGAUUUGAGUUGUCAGACUAUGUCAAAAGCAACGAAUGGGAUGUGAUGAGUUCCGGUGUUGAUAGAAACGUCAUUACUUACGCUUGUUGUCCAGAUGCCCCGUAUGUUGACAUCACGUUUAAUAUCACGAUCAAAAGAAAACCAGCAUUUUAUAAUUACAUAUUGAUUCUACCUUGUAUUUUGUUGUCAUCGCUGACCUUGGUUCUUUUUUGGCUUCCACCGGAGUCCCCUGCGAAAAUGCAAUUGGGUAUGAACAUAUUUGUGGCAUUUUUUGUGUUACUUUUGCUCCUCAACGAAUCCACACCGCCUGCAUCUGCUUCUAUUCCUCUUAUUGGAGCUUACUACUGUAUGAAUAUGAUAAUGAUCACACUGUCGACCUUCCUCUCCGUCGUCAUAGUAAAUCUCUACUUCCGUGGCUGGAAAUCGCGUGUUCCAAGACCAAUCAAAAUGAUAAUGGUUGAUUACAUUGCUAGAAUCAUGUGUAUGCACGAUCAAGUCAAGACAAAUAAGAAACCUUGCACAGAGACCAUACGGGUCGGAAAAGGGAUCAACAAAAAGGAUAAAAACAUGAAGUACGACAAAGUCGGUUACUAUGAAAUGCAGGCGGAGAACAGUUGGCGAGAACAAGCAAAUGGGGUUUUACUCAAUAAUGAACACACAAAUUGUGUCGACCAAGAAAAAACGGAAAUGUCCAAUAGCUUGUCCGGACAUUUUGACAAUAUGUCAAGUGACGUAAAAGAAAUAAAGGCAUACCUUAAAAAGAUGCUGGACAGAGUGGCCGAUAAAGAGGCGAAAGAAGUAAUAGCCAGAGAAUGGAGGAUAGUGGCACUUGUUCUGGACAGGCUUUUCUUUUUCCUGUAUCUUUUGGCCAUAGCGAUCUCCGUUUGUGUCGUUUUUAAGAGUAUGCUUUUUGAUCAAUGAGCAUCGAUGAAAGCAGAAAAGAAAAUCAAUUGACAUAUCAUAGCAAAGCUAGAGUAAUUAUAUCGUCCAUAUUGCCACCAAGAAUGGGUUCUUUGAAAGGUUAUUGUAUAUUGUUUUGAUACUUGAUGAUGACGUAAUCUGACAAAAUGUACACUUUAGUGCAACAAAAGAUCUAUUGUGUUGACAAUGUCUUCUUGUCUUGUAACAUUUGAUACAGUGUGUACUGUGUAUACAACAAACGAGACUAAAAUGAAUGUUUAAAAUUAGAUACAGAAGAAUGUUAUUUAUCAUGUUCAAUGUAAAUACUGAUUUAUUUUGAUGUUAUUCAUGUCUAGUUCUUCCAUGGUCACCCAAUGCAGCAUUUACUAUUGUGACGCAAUACAUAUUACCAUUUGUGAAUUACUAGUAGAUUAUACGCAUGCUAAUUAUUUUAAAAUAACAUUACGUCCGAAGUUGAUUAAAUAUUGUGCAUCUUAUAUACACAUAAUGUUGUUCAUACAUACACAAGCACAUGCAAAUACACUUAAAUUCCAUUGAAACAUUUAACACGUGCCAUUUUAUUUAUAUUACUUGAACAUGCACAUGCGAAGUAUAAGCGUGCACUAAGCGCAAUAUAAUUAAUUGAACGCUGUAUAUUUCAGGUGUUUAAAUAAACUUUAAUUCAAAUA